CCUGUGGUUGGCCCAGUAGUCGGCUGUCGAAAGUGCCGGCCCCCGCGCCGGCGCCGGCUGUAGCCGGGUGGGAAGGCUCAAGAUGGCGUGCCUGUUGGAGACCCCAAUCCGCAUGAGCGUCCUCUCGGAAGUAACAGCUAGCAGUCGCCACUAUGUUGACAGGCUAUUUGACCCUGAUCCCCAGAAAGUUCUACAAGGUGUCAUAGACAUGAAAAAUGCUGUAAUUGGAAACAACAAGCAGAAAGCCAACCUCAUUGUUUUAGGAGCUGUUCCAAGAUUAUUGUACUUGCUUCAGCAAGAAACCUCAAGCACAGAAUUGAAAACUGAAUGUGCAGUGGUAUUGGGAAGUCUUGCUAUGGGUACUGAAAACAAUGUUAAGUCUCUACUAGAUUGCCAUAUUAUCCCUGCCUUACUGCAAGGACUACUGUCCCCAGACCUGAAGUUCAUUGAAGCUUGCCUCCGAUGCCUGCGCACCAUCUUCACCAGUCCCGUCACUCCAGAGGAACUACUGUAUACAGAUGCCACGGUGAUACCACACCUCAUGGCACUGCUUAGCAGGUCCCGCUACACCCAGGAGUACAUCUGUCAGAUCUUCUCACACUGCUGUAAAGGUCCAGAUCAUCAAACAAUUUUAUUUAACCAUGGUGCAGUUCAGAAUAUUGCUCACCUACUAACCUCAGUAUCUUACAAAGUUCGAAUGCAAGCACUGAAAUGCUUCUCAGUUUUAGCUUUUGAAAACCCCCAGGUAUCGAUGACCCUGGUAAAUGUUUUGGUUGAUGGAGAGUUGUUACCACAGAUUUUUGUGAAGAUGUUACAGAGGGAUAAGCCCAUUGAGAUGCAGCUGACAUCGGCAAAAUGUUUAACUUACAUGUGUAGAGCUGGAGCAAUUCGGACAGAUGACAACUGUAUUGUAUUAAAGACAUUGCCUUGUUUGGUUCGAAUGUGCAGUAAGGAGAGGUUACUAGAGGAGAGAGUUGAAGGAGCUGAGACACUCGCCUAUCUGAUUGAACCAGAUGUUGAGCUGCAGAGAAUUGCUAGCAUUACUGAUCACCUCAUUGCCAUGCUUGCUGAUUACUUCAAGUAUCCCAGCUCUGUGAGUGCCAUCACUGAUAUUAAAAGGCUUGAUCAUGACUUAAAGCAUGCUCAUGAACUUCGCCAGGCUGCAUUCAAGCUCUAUGCCUCUCUCGGAGCAAACGAUGAAGACAUCCGGAAGAAGAUCAUUGAGACUGAAAAUAUGAUGGACCGAAUUGUGACUGGCUUGUCUGAGUCUAGUGUCAAGGUGCGGUUAGCUGCCGUCAGAUGUUUGCACAGUUUAUCUAGAUCUGUGCAGCAGCUUCGAACCAGUUUCCAGGAUCAUGCUGUGUGGAAACCUUUAAUGAAGGUGUUACAAAAUGCACCAGAUGAAAUCCUAGUAGUAGCAUCAUCCAUGCUAUGUAAUCUUCUUCUUGAAUUUUCUCCAAGCAAAGAGCCAAUUUUAGAGUCAGGAGCUGUAGAACUACUUUGUGGACUAACCCAAAGUGAAAAUCCUGCUUUACGAGUGAAUGGAAUUUGGGCUUUAAUGAAUAUGGCAUUUCAGGCUGAACAAAAAAUAAAAGCAGAUAUUUUGCGAAGCUUGAGUACUGAACAGCUCUUCAGGUUAUUAUCAGAUUCAGACUUGAAUGUGCUGAUGAAGACAUUGGGACUUCUUAGAAACCUACUCUCUACUCGCCCUCACAUAGAUAAAAUAAUGAGUACUCAUGGAAAGCAAAUUAUGCAAGCCGUCACCCUUAUUUUGGAAGGGGAGCAUAACAUUGAAGUCAAAGAGCAGACACUGUGCAUCUUAGCCAACAUAGCAGAUGGGACAACGGCAAAAGAACUUAUUAUGACCAAUGAUGACAUCCUACAGAAAAUUAAGUAUUAUAUGGGUCAUUCACAUGUCAAAUUGCAGCUUGCCGCUAUGUUUUGUAUAUCAAACCUCGUAUGGAAUGAAGAGGAAGGCUCACAAGAACGCCAGGAUAAAUUACGAGACAUGGGCAUCGUAGAUAUUCUACACAAACUGAGUCAGUCAUCAGAUUCAAACCUUUGUGACAAGGCAAAGACAGCGCUGCAGCAGUACCUGGCGUGAUGAGAACACCCGGGGCACCUGCGGGCAUCCCACAUCCUUGUUAAAGGAAGUACAGGAACUAGCCUCAUUUGAUUCCUUCUAUUUGCACAAGUCACCUUGGACUGCAGGGAGCUGUUUUGCAAAAGCAAUUUGGUAGGCUUAGAUCUCAAAUUCAUCUUGAGAACAUUUUUUUUUGAGGUAGUAAUUUUCUCAGAGGACUAUUGUGUUUUGUUUUGUUUCUUUCUGAGCUACCUGGACUCUUUAUUAGAACAAUCAAUUAUUUUCCUUUGGACCUACAGUUUUUUGCCUAUGCUGCAGCCACUUUGUGAGUGAGAAUGGAUGUGUGUGUCUGUGUGUGUGAGCACGCAUGUGUGGACGAAGGUAAGAAUGAAUGAAUAUGUGUGUGUGUGAGGGAUACCUCAGAGUUUUCUUUUCUUAUUUUGUGUGAAAAUCUCUUUUCUACAGAUUUUCCAGGGUUUAAGCAUUGCUUGCUGUAUAAAAAAAAAAAAAAUUUACUGAAUUAUAUACAGUUUGAAUGAAAUGUUAUUUUAAAAACAAAACAAUUGUUAAGUGUUCCAUAAAGGUUAUGUUGAAUUUUGGUCAGAUAAAUAUUUGUAAGUAAAAAAUAUAUGCAUUUCUGAACCUCAACUUACAUAGAUUUUCUUUAUAAAAAAACAAAAAACGAAAAAAAAGAAAAAAAAUUUAAAAGAAAAAGAAAAGGUUGGCUAUAGUUGGCCUGAGUAACAGGCAUGACAUAUGGUGCUGUGCAAAAUAGUAAGCUAGCAUCUUACUGCCGUCAAUAUCAGCAGGUACAGAGCCUCUUUUCAGCCUAAUUCAAUAAGCUCUCAGGCUUCCAAGUCAGAUGGACAGGUUGGAGUGGAGUGAGGCGACAAAUACAGACAUCAAAGGGAAAUGUAACUACUGAUAGUGGAAACCCAGCCAUGACUGGUGGACUACACUUGGCAGGAGCUGGGCACCAGGAGCCUCCCAGCUGCCCUAAGCCCCGUCACUGGUGUAGCCGUAGAUGGCAGGAUUUAGAUCCAGUCGUGGAAACUUGUGCUCCAGCUGAAGUAGGUCACCACUUCCUGGAAACAAAGUCCAAUCACCUUGUGCUUCCUGAAACAGCAUAUAUCACUGUGAAACUAAAGAACGUCCUGCAGACGCAUCUGUAGGAAGCAGCAGAACAGAAAAGCCGCUUUCUCUCGGCUGUACUCAGCAACUUCUAUACACUUGUCACUCAGGACUGCUAUCCAGUGUGCUUUUGUAAAGCGAGAUGGAAAUUUUAGUAAAUGACGUGGCUAAGAUCUUUUCCUGCAUGAAGCCCAAAGCACUGAAGUUUGAGAGAAGGGAAGGGGGUCCCCUUGGGAGGACUGAAGAUGACAGCUUUUUCCAGUCAGGACUGCUUUGCCCUUUGGCAGCCCUUAGCUUGGUACCUGCUCCUACUUCUGGGUCAGCUUCAAGGUGAACUCAACAUGAUUACUCCUGACUGUUUGAAGGUACAACCAACCUUCCUUUUCCCUUGGCUAUAAGAAGUUCAGAGGCAUCGUGGCCAGGAAGCAGGGUCUGUGCUCAGAAGCUUGCCCUGAGUGUGUGCACCCGAUGGGCUCCCAAGCCCGCCUGCCAGUCCUGACGGAGCUGCCGGCGGUGCAGCCACUCCAUCACCAACCUGCUCCUUCCUUGGAAGAUUUAAAUAUGUUUGAUUGCAAAUGAAUGUUUUUAAAAUGUAUUUAACGCCAUUUUUUUUUUCUGUUCUCAACAUGACCACCCAAGAUUCAAACACAGAGAUUUCCAAGUUGUAUUUUUUCUUUCAGAACAUUACUGAUUUAAAAAUCUGUCCCAACAGGGACUUGGGUUUUGUGCAACCAUCAGAGUGCUAAUGUGCAGAAGCCAGUUUAAAGAAAAUGGAGUGUUCUGGGGAUAAAAGCCUUAUUUAGGCCCACUCACUGACAUUUCUAGUACUGAGAAAAUAUCCUUGGUUGGCAUUUGUAACACAAAACACUAUAGAGUUGGUAUUUUUGAGUACCAGGUAAAUAUAAAUAAACCAAUAAUGAAUUGCUGAGACAAUCUUGAACCCAGAUAGCAUUAGAAAGCUGAAAGUCCAAUGAAAUGACACUUUGACACUUAAACUCUGUGGAUAAAUCUUGCCUGUGGCUAUAAACAGAUGGUCAGAGGAAAAGUGCUUUAUGAUAAUUAACUUUUCUGAUUUGAAUGAAGGAAAAUGUAUUUAUUAAAACAAAGCUGUUUGCUGCUUUAUGCAGAUGCAGUGGGGGGAAUGGAACGUGGGCUUGUGUCUCCACCCAAGUUCUUAACUAAGCUUCUCGCUCUCUCUAAUACUGCAUUCUGUUUCUCCUUUUGUGCCCUGAUUGUAACCCAAAAUUUAUGAACUAGAAAAGAAUGUCCAAUUUAAUAAGUUGCAUUUUUUUUCUUAAGCACUUUAUGCAGAACAAACCAUGUUCUUCUGGUAGUGUUUGGAUAAUAUGAUUUUAACACAUGCUAAUAAAAGCCAAGAAAAAAGCA